GCUCGGCUCGGCCCGGCUCGGCCCCGGCCCGGCGCGGGAGGGCGGGCGGGAGGGGCGCGCUCCCCCCGAGCAGCGGCCCCGGGCCGCGGCCCCCCGUUGCGGUCGAAGAGGCGUGCAGCACCGGGCCCUGCGAUGCCGUUUGGCUGCGUGACGCUGGGAGACAAGAAAGAUUAUAACCAGCCGUCUGAAGUGACCGACAGAUAUGACCUGGGCCAGGUCAUCAAAACGGAGGAGUUCUGUGAAAUCUUCCGGGCCAAGGAGAAGACGACAGGGAAGUUGUACACCUGCAAGAAGUUUCUGAAGCGGGAUGGGAGGAAAGUGCGGAAGGCAGCCAAAAACGAGAUCAUCAUCCUCAAAAUGGUGAAGCACCCCAACAUCCUCCAGCUGGUGGAUGUCUACAUCACCCGCAAGGAAUAUUUCAUCUUCCUGGAGCUGGCCACUGGCCGGGAGGUCUUCGACUGGAUCCUGGACCAGGGCUACUACUCGGAGAAGGACACCAGCAAUGUCAUCCGGCAGGUGCUGGAGGCUGUUGCCUACCUGCACUCACUCAAGAUCGUUCACAGAAACCUCAAGCUGGAGAACCUGGUGUACUAUAAUCGCCUGAAGAACUCCAAGAUCGUCAUCAGUGACUUCCACCUGGCCAAGCUGGAGAACGGGCUCAUUAAGGAGCCCUGUGGCACUCCUGAGUACCUGGCUCCGGAGGUGGUGGGGCGGCAGCGGUACGGGCGGCCGGUGGACUGCUGGGCCAUCGGCGUCAUCAUGUACAUCCUCCUCUCGGGAAACCCCCCUUUCUACGAGGAGGCAGACGAGGAUGACUAUGAGAACCACGACAAGAACCUCUUCCGCAAAAUCCUGGCUGGGGACUAUGAGUUUGACCCACCGUACUGGGAUGACAUCUCGCAAGCAGCUAAGGAGCUGGUAACACGCCUGAUGGAGGUGGAGCAGGACCAGAGGAUCACAGCAGAGGAGGCCAUCUCCCAUGAGUGGAUCUCUGGGAAUGCGGCCUCUGACAAGAACAUCAAGGAUGGCGUCUGUGCCCAGAUCGAGAAGAACUUCGCCCGGGCCAAGUGGAAGAAAGCCGUGCGAGUGACCACGCUCAUGAAACGCCUGCGGGCGCCCGAGCAGACGGAGACGGCGGCAGCUCCGGCCCCGGCAGCGACCCCAGCCCCGGCAAAGGCUCCUGCCCCGGCAAAGGCUCCGGCCCCGGCGGCGGCUCCGGCCCCGGCAGCAACUCCAGCCCCGGCAGCGACCACGGCCCCGGCGGCGACUCCGGCAGCGGCCCCGGCUCCCGCUGCCGCGGAGCCCGCGGCCACAGAGCCCGCCACCGACACCGCCCCGGAGCCCGCAGCCCCCGCCACGGAGCCCGCAGCCCCCUCCGCCACCGCCCCGGAGCCCGCGGCCCCCGGCACGCCGCCCGCCGCCACGCAGCCCCCGGCCCCCGGCACACCGCCCGCCACCACAUGUAACGAGGCCGGGGCCGCCGCCGAGCCCUCCAGCGAGCAGAGCGGCUGAGCGGCCCCGCGCCCC